UAUAUAAAGAGGGCCUGAUGUUAAGAGUGAGAACUCCUGUGUGUCUGGCCUUCUGACUUACAGGAUGAAUACCUUCCAGACUCUGUUUGUUUUGGCUGCAUGCCUCUCUUUUGCCCAGUCCAUGGACCACAAGUCAGUCUUGCAGUUCAGAAAUAUGAUUCGCUGUGUGCUGCCUCAUAGCAAACCCCUUCUUCAGUUUUCCAACUAUGGCUGCUACUGCGGACUUGGAGGCUCCGGCAAACCUGUUGAUGAGCUGGACAGGUGCUGCCAGGUGCAUGACCAGUGUUACGGUGAUGCUUUUCAACACCCGUAUUGCUGGAAGAUCAUCGACAAUCCAUACACCAGAAUAUAUUGCUACAAGUGUAACAAGCAAAAGAGGGAGGUCACCUGUCUCAAAAGAAACAGCCGCUGUGCAAAGUUCAUCUGUGAGUGUGACAGGAAGGCCGCCCAGUGUUUUGGCAGAUCACGUUGGAAUCCCAAGCACAAUUGCCUGCCCAAAGAUCGAUGUCUUUAAAGACCAAAGAAGUUUACCAUGAAAUAUUAAUUUUCUUUUUUGGUUUCCCAAGUGAUUCAUUUGUUGAGGAUCCAUGGCUUAUUAGAAAUAUUCACAUGAACCUCAUAGCAAGUAUCACAAUUUCUAUAUUUGAGUAGACUGUAGCUUUAUUUGCCUAUAACCAUAAUCAUCUCCUAAUCAUCUCCUGUGCUUUUUUUUCUAC